AUGGGCUCCAUAAAAAGCAGUUUAAGUUUGAAACAACAGGAUAAAGAUCGCUCAAGUGGCUUGGAGUCCGACGAAGAGUAUCGCGACCGAUGGAUUACAAUAAGAGUAGUGUAUUUCAGUGGCUUUCUGAUGUUCCUUUCGUUUGGCGUGGUCGCAACCGGGCUGUGGCCGUAUCUGGAAAACAUGGAUCCAACGGCAAGGAAAACAUUCUUGAGUGCUUUAUUUGCUGCUCCACCUGCGGGCCAGUUACUUUUUAGCCCACUGAUUGGAUGGUGUUCGACUAGGUUGUCGUCGAUAAGGAUUCCGUUCGUGCUGUUGACUGUUUUGUUUAUACUCGCCAACGGCCUGUACAGUGUGAUAGAGCUAUUUCCCGUGCCGUAUCGAAAGUUUGUGAUGUUAUUUUCCCGAUUCAUGUUUGGCAUUGCAACGUCCAUCAAUACGCUAAGUCGAGCUUACCUUUCAACGGCCACUAAAAUGUGCGAACGUACUCAGGCCAUAUCGAUGAGUUCGUUUGCCCAAACACUUGGUCUAGCUGUUGGGCCUAUCAUCCCAGCAUCGGUAUCAGCUGUUGGUGAGGUUGGGUUCACAAUAUGUGGUGUUCGGUUCAACAUGUACACAUUGGGUGGAUGGAUUUGUGCUGCGGUCGGUGCGGUUUACAUUAUUUUUUUAAAUCCAUCCUACUUCAAACACUGCAACAUCGCUGCAAAAGAGGCUUUGCGGAAAUGUGGUGGUACAGUUGAGAAGGAUACCCGGCAACCGUUGAACUUCUUUUCUAUCUGGAUGAUCAUGUUAAGCUAUGGAGUUUUAAUGUUCUUCUAUGUGUUAUUUCAAGCGGUAAUUUCGCCAAUUUCGCUCGAUCAAUUCGCCUGGAGCCACGAGCAGUCGCUGUUUUACUUAGGAAUUUUACUCCCCAGCGGAACUGCAUGCUCUUGCGUAGUGUUUUUACUUCUACCUCAGCUGUGCCAACGGUUUAGUGAGCACAACGUGUUUGUAUAUUUCGCCAUGCUGCCUCUAUUCCUUAGUCAAAUUGUAAUGAUCCCGAUAGGCUCCAACAAAAUUCAAAUAGCAGUGCCACAAAAUGGAAGUGAUACAGGACCAACAAACGGAUGUUCGAUUUCACAGGAAUGGUGCAACAGUGUACCAUCCAUAAACCACUAUCAGCUCGUUGUUUCCUAUGCCCUGCUUUGUAUUUCAUUUUCGGUAGGAAUUGCGAUUAGUCAAACGAUACUUUCGAAACAUCUUGGUACUAGACCCCAGGGAAAUUGGAUGGCCCUUUACACGAGCAUUGGUGGUAUUAUGCGUAUCAUUGGACCUGGGGGCGUUAUGAUAUAUGUUAGUCUUGGCACGUACUGGUUGUUCGGACUAGGCUCAGCUGUGUCAGGACUUGUACUCAUGUGGGUAUGGAUGUGUAAAGGACAUUUGCGAUAUUCAAAGAAGUCGAUUGUAGCAGCAGAGGUGCAGUUGAUGUUGAUCCAACCAAAACAAUGAGAUUCACAUAGAUUGUAGAACACAUACACAACUAUUUUAUUCAAAAUCAUUUACUCGUCGCUUGAUGUGAGUCAUUUUUGUUUUCCAUAGCCAUGGCCUCAUCGAGUGUGUCAGGAAGAUCAGUAUUAAGCGUUUCAGGAAAUUGGAGAAUUGCAAUACCGGAAGUAAUGCCGAGGCAGCCGAAAAGUAUCAUUGGAAGGGGCUCCCAGAAUUUUGAUAACAGUGGCGUUUGCGGUGCUACCAUCGAUCCAAUACG